AUAAUUUGACAAUGCCAUUCUGUCAAAAUGCCAGUUCUAACCUUUGCUCCUUGUAUAUUUAUCUUCUAUUAUGAAAUAAAAAUACAUUAAGUAACUGCUUCAUGAAUAUAAGCAACAACAAGCAAGGCAUUUGACGUUUGUUGGACUUUACACUCGGUGAUAAUUUACAUACAUUUGAAUGAAGUCUAUUCACAAAGUUAUCAAAUUAAGCAUGUCUCUAACUCCAGAAAUCCUGUUAUCUAGUGCGGCAAGAGAAAGGUGUAUUUCUAACAUAAAUGAAUUACCGUCUUUUAAUAUAAGAGGUGGGAGCCCGAAGAACACAGCGUCUGUGUUGGUUCCUGUAUGUGUGGAUAACGGUGAGGUCUGUCUUCUGUAUACUUUGAGAUCGAGCAACUUGAGCUCGCACAGCGGUCAAGUGUCCUUUCCCGGCGGGAAAAUUGACAAAGACGAGACCGUGUACGAUGCUGCUCUACGGGAAGCGGAAGAAGAAAUAGGUGUGCCUGCCGAAGACAUAAAUAUUUGGACCAAAAUGAAGCAAGUUCAAGGCAGAGAUGGCAACAUGUUGAUCACACCUGUUGUGGGCGAGAUUAUGAAUUUUGACAUGGAUAAGUUGACUCCAAACGAAGGUGAAGUAGCUGAUAUAUUCACAAUUCCUAUGAAAGUGUUCUGUGACACAAACAACCAUGGUUGCUAUAAAUACAAUAAUUUUGCUAUACCAGUUUACAAUGGUGGCAAACACACAGUUUGGGGCAUCACAGGCAUGAUUACACACAUGUUCUUAAAUUCCUUUUUACCCAAAGAACUGUACUGUCCAGACUUUUUAAAAAAAGAAUAUAAACUCCAUGAGUUGUUGCCUGCUAAGCUAUAAAUAAACUGGACAAUGAAUAGACAAUUUUAAAUAUUUUUUUAUCCUUUAUACAUGGGUCUGGAGCUGUUGUAAGAAAUCCUAUAUUGUGUAAUAAGCUUUUAUAUCUUAAGUACAUAAUGAAUAUUAUAUAUAGUAGUUAGUACAUAUAAAUUAUCUGAAGUACAACUGAUCAUAUAGAAAAUAGUAAGUGAUGAGACACAGCUGUAAAAUUAACUUAAUUCUGUAACAAAUUAUGAAUUGGAAGUGACUUUAUUAUUGUGUUUUAAAUGUACAUUUUCAUGGAACAAUGAGAUGCUCAUUGUUACAUUGUCUUAUUUUUGUUUCAUUGCAAUGGACUUAAUUUUUUUUUGUUUUUUCAGAAGUUAUUAAUCUGUAAAUCCAAUUGUUAUUUUUCUAUGUUAUUUUAUAUUAUGGUGGGCAGGACCCAGUUUUCACAGGAGGCUGUUGUAAUUAGUUUUUACAAUCAGUAUUUUAUAAAAAUGCAAUGUAGCUGCAGAUGUUGGUAUUCUUUAUACUUAAUUCAAACUUCAUUUUAUUAAUGGUUGACUUGAAUUAUCUCGAAUCUUACAAAAAGUGUUUCUUUUUAUUGUAAUUUAGCAUAUAGUAUUGCUACAAUUUCUGAACUGCUAAACAACAAACAUGCAAUAUUGAAUUUUAUUACAUACAACUCAUUUUCACUUAAAAUAUUAGAUAGGAAAUUCUGUGUUGCUAUGUUUAGAUAUACUGGUAAAUCUAUAUAAAUAUUAGUUCAUCAUAUUAUACUAAAUUAUCUAUGUAAAUGUUAAGAGUACCAACAUAUGCACAAAACCUCUUUGCAGACUAUUCCACUAUCAGCAAGUGAUAAGAUUCUGUUGUAUAUUAGAAAAUAAUACAAUCUCUGUGGUGAUAAGUUAUUUAUUAUAAGUACACAUAGUGUAUUAUGUCAGACAUAUAUAUAGUUAUAAUAAAUAUAUGAACAUAUCAA